ACUGCGCUUGCAUCUCGUGGGGUGGGCAGCAGCAACCUCUCCAUGUCUUACUGCUGUAGUCGGCAGGCAGGGGGAAAGCCAUGUAUUCUCGAUCAUUUUAGAGCUAUGCUGUCAUGAGGGCUGCAUGCACCCAUAGCAACGUUUUGCAAAGCUUUUUCAAAGCACUGCAAUGUAUUCCUUUGAGUCCCUCUUGCAUGCAUACUGAAUAUGUGUGUCAUUUUUGGCUCUGCUGAAUUUGGUGGUGCAGCAAGAAUCAUGGCUGGCCUUCUUGCCUUUGAAAUUUGCCUUUGCUGCCCUACUGAGAAGAAGAGCCCUCUCAUGCAAGCUUUUAAUUGAGACACAGCCCCGUUCUUACAAUAACCCACAGGUUUUGCCCUCAAUCUCCUAAAACCAUGGGUGACAUGAAAACCCCAGACUUUGAUGACCUGCUUGCGGCCUUUGACAUUCCUGAUAUGGUCGAUCCCAAGGCCGCUAUUGAGUCUGGCCAUGAUGACCAUGAGGGACAGAUCAAACACAGUGUACAACAUGAAGAGGACUCCCAUGUCUCCUCUGGUCCAGAUGUUGGGGUUAGUGUCAUAGUCAAGAACGUCAGAAACUUUGAUGCUAGUGAACAUGCUCUUUCAGAAAAGGAUGUCCACCCCACUGUCGGAAAUGGAGUACACAAUGGUUCCUUGCCCAUGUCACCCAAUAACAGAUACAACAAGGAGAGCGAUAAGCUCCAGAAAAGUGAAAUUCAUGGGAUGGCAGGAAAUAUCGUAACAUUCAACCAGUUCAGUCCCAUCUCUAGUGCUGAGGAGUUUGACGAUGAUGACAAGAUCGAAGUAGACGACCCUGCAGACCAACAAAAUAAUUUACCUGUCAUACCGAACCCUCUAAGUGGUCUAAGCUCGAAGCCUGAAGAGCAGCAUAUGCAGCACUCUAAGCCUGUAAUGGCAGAUGCUCCAUCAAAGCCUAAAGCGAAUGGCAACCACAAUCAUUUGAAAGUUGAAAAUAUUAAUGCCAAUGGUCACUCAAAUCUACAUGACUCUCAAAAACUAAGAAAAACUGAGGAGCAGCCCAAAGAAAUCUCCAGGUCCCAAGAAGCUAAAGAGCAAAGAGAACCAGUUGUUGGGUUGAGCGCAACCAGCCUUUCCCAAUCCAAGGCCAAAUCAUCUUCAAAACUCUCAUCCUGUAUUGCUGCAAUUGCUGCAUUCAGUGCGAAGAAAGCUAGCACAGAAGCAACAUAUCCAGAGUCCCUUUCCACACCUCAAGAUUCACCCAGAGAGGCUAAAAAGAUCUCCAAAGUUACAGAGAAACUUCCAGAACUGGAGUCAUCUCUGGAGCUUCCAAAGAAGGUGCUCUCAAAACAGCCAGAGAGCCCUUGCAGUAUUACAAGUGAAAGCAGCAGCAAAGGGUCUCCUUCAUCUCCAGCGGGAUCCAUCCCAGUCAUUCCCAAAGUCCGCAUAAAAACCAUCAAGACCUCUUCAGGGCAGAUCAAGAGGACAGUGACCAGAGUGCUGCCAGAGUUUGAUGCUGAAGGCUUGAGGAAAGGUAUCGAUUCUCCAUCAAAUGUUGUCUCAUCCCUGCUGUCCUCAUCAACCUUGCCUUCAGUCUUCUCAACUUCCACCAGAACAGCUCUACCCACCAAUGUAGUAGCAACUUCUGCUGGCUCUGCUAUUGAGGUAACGAAACAAAUGACCAUUAAGCCGGUGGCCACUGCCUUCUUACCUGUCUCAGCCGUUAAGACGGCAGGCUCCCAGGUAAUUAACCUGAAACUUUCCAACAAUACAACUGUGAAAGCCACAGUCAUACCGGCGGCAUCCGUUCAGAGUGCCAGCAGUGCCAUCCUCAAAGCUGCUAAUGCCAUUCAGCAACAAACUGUCAUGGUGCCUGCGUCCAGCCUAACAAACCUAACCAACUCCAAACUUGUGCCAAAGACUGUCCACCUCACCAACUUGAAUCUUCUGCCCCAGAAUGCAUCAACAGCCGAGCUCCACCAGGUACUGACCAAGCCCCAGCAACCCAUCAAGCAAGCCCUGUUGGCCCAACAACAACAGAAGAAAGUGUCCCGGGUCCAGGUUUUAACCAGCUCCCAGAGCUCGGUGGUAGAGGCCUUCAACAAAGUUUUAAGUGGCAUUAACCCUGUGCCAGUUUAUGUACCCAACCUCAGCCCUCCCACUUCAGCAUGUAUAUCUUUACCGUCCCGUGGAUACAAAUGCUUGGAAUGUGGUGAUUCUUUUGCCUUGGAAAAAAGCCUCACUCAGCAUUAUGACCGUAGAAGUGUCCGCAUUGAGGUCACUUGCAACCACUGUGCCAAGAAUCUGGUCUUCUACAACAAGUGCAGUCUUCUGUCUCAUGCCAGGAGCCACAAAGACAAAGGGGUAGUCAUGCAGUGUUCACAUCUCAUCUUGAAGCCAAUUCCAGUUGACCAGAUGAUCCUUGCACCAUCAGCCAUUUCCAGUUCCCCCAGCACAUUAACUAACAUUGGAUCAUCAAUGGGGGGAAGUCAAGGGAAGGGAAACCCAAACACAGUGAUCUCUGCCCCCUCUACGGCUCCUGUUGUGGCUGCCAUGCCCUUGGACAAGGACACCUCCAAAGUUUGCAGAUCGAGUUUAAAGUGCUUAGAAUGUAGUGAGACAUUUCAGGAAGAGUCAUCUCUUGCAAUGCACUACCAGCAGGCUGCUGAGUCAGGUGGACAGAAAACCUGCACCAUUUGCCAAAUGCUACUGCCAAACCAGUGCAGUUUUGCCUCCCAUCAACGGAUCCAUCAGCACAAGUCUCCAUAUAUCUGUCCUGAGUGUGGAGCCAUCUGUCGAUCUGUCCAUUUUCAGUCCCAUGUGACCAAGAACUGCCUGCACUACACACGCCGAGUUGGCUACCGCUGUGUACACUGUUGUGUCAUCUUUGCUGAUGUUGCCGCCCUCAAGUCACACAUUCAAGGAUCCCACUGUGAAAUCUUCUACAAAUGCCCCAUCUGCCCUAUGGCUUUCAAAUCAGCCCCGGGUACACAUUCCCAUGCCUACACCCAGCACCCAGGAGUUAAAAUUGGAGAGCCCAAGAUGAUCUACAAGUGUUCCAUGUGUGACACCGUUUUUACCCAGCAGACGUUGCUAUACACGCACUUCGACCAGCACAUAUCUAGUCAGAAAGUGUCUGUCUUCAAGUGUCCUGACUGUGCCAUGCACUAUGCCCAAAAGCAGUUCAUGUUGGAUCAUAUUAAAUCCAUGCAUGGCACCUUAAAGACCAUCGAGGGUCCUCCUAACCUGGGCAUCAAUCUCCCGCUCAGCUCCAAACCUACUAAUUCAAUGAGCCCCAGCCCCAACAACAAGGAAGGUGGCUCUGUCAACAGCCUGGAGAAGGGAGAGAAGAAGCCAUCACCCCCGACAAAGAAGAACACCAAUGGGACAGACAUUCCCAAAAAAAUCCAAUCUUCCACUUCCUGUCCUGGCUGGACCUGCAGGGAGUGUGACCGGCUGUUUACACAGAGAGAAGUCUUCAUCUCGCACAUGAAGAGAGAGCAUGGGAAGCAACUGAAAAAGCACCCUUGUCGACAGUGUGAUAAGUCCUUUAGUUCCUCACACAGUUUAUGCAGACACAACAGAAUCAAACACAAGGGCCUGAGGAAGGUCUACUCAUGCCAACACUGUCCAGAACCCAGUCGCACUUUCGCCAGAAGAUUGCUGCUUGAGAAACACAUUCAGCUGAUGCACGGCAUCAAAGACACAAAGACCAAGAUUCCAGCAGAUUCCAGCAACAUGGAGGUCACUGCGGGCAAAGAGCAGGUACCCAGUCCUAAACGCAAGCUCCACUCUGACGAUGAGGAUGCUGUGGGAGAAGAUGAAGUGAAGGAGGACGGAAAGGGUGAAUCUCCCGUUCAGCAGCCCAAGAGCUCUUCUUCACAGCCUCUAAAAAAGCUCAAGAUUAAUGUUUUCAAGACACACAAAUGCGCAAUGUGCAGCUUUACCACCGAGGACAUUGUGCGAUUUCAUGAACACAUUCCACAGCACAAGACUGACGUCUCGUCUUACCAAUGCCGUGAGUGUGGCCUGUGCUACACCUCGCAUCACUCUCUCGCCCGACACCUGUUCAUUGUUCACAAGUUGAAGGAGCCGCAAGGACUCGGGCGUCACAAUGGGCAGCAAGAGAACACUCCAAACCCUGAGGCUAACGACAGUAUCCCGGAUACACAAUGUAAAGUAUGUUCUAAAACUUUUGAAACGGAGGGAGCCUUAAACACACACAUGCGGACACACGGAAUGGCCUUCAUCAAGUCCAAACGACUGAACACAGCUGAGAAGUGAGAGAGAGGUAGUGCCCCCUUGUGGAUGCAUUGCAAAAAUAUUUUCUUUUCAUUUUUUAUCUGUAUUUUGUCUUGUUUUCCAGUAAAAACAUGUAAACAUUAUCAAUGGUAUAAUAAGACUUGUUUUCAGAAAUAUAUUUUGAAUUAAGUUCAUUUUUCAUACCCCAUUUGCAAAUUGUUUAAACCUCACUGUAUUCACCUUAUGCGGCAGAGAAUCUAGCGUGCAGCCAUCUUAAGAAUUUUGUCUUUGAUCUUCCGGUCUAGCGUAUUCUGUAUAGAUUUCUGUGGUGUUGAUGUCAAUGUGUAAUUACCUAUCGAAGUGGAUUUACAGGUUAUAGAGUUGUCAAAAGCCAUCAUGAGUAUUUUAAAGUGUUCAGGGGAAGUCAUAACAACUGGAAGCAGAGCGGGAGAUUUUAAAACAAGAGUAGACCUAUUUCAUUCAUAAAUAAAGAUCCUACCUUCACUCUGUGGACGUACUGAUGCGCCUCUGUGCUCACGAAACUCCAAGAGACAACAUUAGUCUUUAAAAAUAUCUCUGUACGACACCUCUGACCAUCUUCUCAUGUCAUUCACUCAUCGCGUUAUAGUUAAGGGUAGGGUUGCACCAGCUGUGCUUAAGUUCUCACGUAAGUUAGGACGUAAAGAUCACACUAAGGGCUUAGUAACUACUAGUUAGUUUGUAACUAAGUCAGUGCUUAAUUUGGUUUCACCACCUGUUCUUAAGGCAAGACUUAAUUAGUUGGUCGUAAGCUCUCCGUAAAGUCAUGUGUAGUCGCAUAAUAUGACGUUUACAUGUAUUGAUCCAAUAAGCAGCCUUCAAAUUUGUACACAGAAGUAUUAAAAAGCCAUGCAUUUCAGUUUUAUCUCAUUACGGUUGAUGUUCAAACCUUGUAACCCGUAACCGUCAGCUGUAAUAAAUUAAAUCCCCAUUAAAAUACAAUACAUAAUAAAAGUAGCUACAUUGAUAAAUAGUAUAUUUGCCCUGUGUAAAUGACAAUAAAUAGUAACUGUAUCUAAAAUAAAUAUGGGGUUAUAAAUAAAUACUAAUACAACAGGCUGGAAAAAUAGACAUUUAUUCAUUUGAAUAUCUUAUAUAUUUCGUUUAUGUUGAAACUUGACACGCAUUCUGAAUAGGGCACCAUUAGAUCGGUUUCAUGCUGAAGAGCUGUCUAAAAGUACGUUUUUUUUCUCUCUUGUAAAUUUAAACGAGUGUAAAUGCCAACAUCAUCAUAUAUGUCGAAAGGAUUGAAGACUAUCACGCAAAACAUGAGCUCAUUGUCAUUAAAUGAGUCUGCUUCUUUAUUCCAUCCGUUACUCCUGGUCGGAGGCUUCCAUAAAUAUUUAGUUUAUACUUAGGGUUACAUCCUACCUAAAUUUAAUGGUGCAACGCUCAAAUAUUUAGGAGUGCGUAAAUUGUGACUUAGUGCCCAUUUACGCCACAACUAGGCUAAGUUGUAACGUACGUAUAGCUGGUGCAACCGGCCCCAGAUCAGCAGAUUUUUUGAGUGUUAAACCCGAAAGGGGAAGGUGUGCAACUGUAUACACACACACACACACACACACACAUACACACACAUACAGUACUGUGCAAAAAUCUUAGGCACAUAAGAUGUUUCACAAAAGCAUUUGUCUUAAGAUGGUUAUAUCUUCAGCUUAAGAGUGUCAGUAGGAAAUAUAAAUGUUAGACUCCAAAACAUUACAUUUGCAAAUAUAAAAGAUUAGAAUAGAAGAACAGGGAGCCCUGCAACAGAUGUCAUGCCCCCCCCCCCCCCAACACUGAACAUUGUGUCUGUCUGAGAAUACAUAUAGAGACAGAAGCAUUUGAGACAGCCUAAAUAGAUAGAAGAACUGUGGCGAAUUCUCCAAGAAGUUUGGAACAUCCUAUCUGCCAACAACCAAGAAAAAACUGUGUCCAGGUGCACCUAGAAGAAUUGGUGUGUGUACAUUUAAUUUUAUAUUGCGUUUACAACUAUUGUAAUCACAUUUAAGCCUCUUAAAAAUGUGGGAUAACAAAUUAAUUUUAAAAAGUAAAUGUAAUUUCGUUUAUGUAAUGAACUUGCAUGUAAAAUAAUACGAACUGUCCUAUUUGAAAUUUCAUGUCAACUAGACAUAAAAAUUAAGCAGAAUUACAUGAAUAACAAUGAAACACUUGUAUCAUGAAAAAGUUCAGUGUGUCAUAGCUGUCUGAAUGUGAUCUGCCAGGUUCAAUUUACCUCUGUGGUUGUCGGACAAAAAAAACGAACAUUAGAGUGACAGAAAAAACACCUCACUAGCAUUUUCACGUUGUAAAGGGGGGAUGUAGACUCACACCAUCAACUGUUGUUGAAAUAUACUUUCUGUGCUCUCAGACGUAAUCCAUUUUGAUCGACUCUUCUCAGUAGCUUCAAUGCAAACAGGAAGUUAGUUGACAAAAUUCGGGAGAGAGGGGCGCUGAAAAGUGGUGGGGCUGAAUAAGGUGAAUGUUGUUAGAAUUAUGCUUAAAACAAGAAAAGAACAGUUUGCCAAUGGGGUAAGAAAUAUGAACUUAAUUCAAGAUAUAUUCUUUGAAAAUAAACUCGGAAUUAAGUUUGUCUUGUUUAAAGAAUGUUUAGAUAUUUUUACUCGGGGAAAAAAAGACAAAACACUUCAAAAAAUUAUUUAUUUUUGUAGUGUAAAGUUUUUUGUUAUGUUUGUACGUUUUAAUAGAGACUGUACAGAAGCGUUUCAUGUCAUAUCUUCACUCUGGACUCUUUGUAUGCUCAUCUGUUGUUCAUACAUUUACAUAUAUACAAAUAUACAUACAUACAUACAUACAUACAUACAUACAUAUAUAUAUAUAUAUAUAUAUAUGUAUAUAUGACGUGUAAAUCUAUACGCACAAAAUGUGUGUUUAAAGAUAUGUAAUAUAUUAAACUCUGAUUUAUGUGUAUUUAAAAUAUGUAUGAGAACAUUUUGUAUUCUUUAUGAUAGAUGUUUGUAUGGGUGUUGUAUAGAUCUUUUUUAUAGAUUGUUUUUAUUUCUAUUUUAGACUCGUGGGAGCAGAUACUGUCUCAAUCGUAGGAUAUACAUUGAGUACUUAGUUUAUUUGCGGUGUCCCAUUUCUCAAACUGCUGCUAAAAGUGCACAGAAUGUCACAGAUUACAUGUUCUAUCGGUGAAACCGGUUUAACUUUAAGGACAAUCAGUCCAAAAUGUACAAGAUAACCGAAUAUAGAGUCUCUAAAUGCAGUUGAAAAUUCAAUUAGACUGGGGAAUUCGUCUGUGAGCGAACGCUUUUACUUGAUUUGAAUUUCUGUUCUGUGAAUUUGUCGUCCAUUUAAAAUAAUAUAACCCAACACUACAUAAGAACAAGACACAAAACAAUAGCUCUCUGAAUGUAUAUAUCUCAGCCAUUGCCAAAAGGUUGUGUUGAAUCAAGGUGCACUUUUAAACUUGAGGGUGUCUUAAAGGUAUAGUUCACUUAAUGUUUCUGUCACCAUUACCUCAUGUUGUUCCAAACCCAUUUGACUUUCUUUCUUCCAUGAAACACAAAAGGAUUAGGCAAAAUGACACCCUCAGUCACCAUUUACUUUCAUUGUAUGGAAAAAUAAUGCAUUGAAAGUGAAUGGUGACUGAGACUAAACGUCUACCUAACAUCUCCUUUUGUGUUCCACGGAAGAAACAAAGUCAUACAGGUUUGGAACAACAUGAAAAUUAGUUUAAGUGACUAUCCCUUUAAUACCAGUUUUUUGGUAUCCUCACUCCAUUUAUUCUCAGGCAGCUUGUUCUAAAUCAUAACUUUUAGUUGAGUUAUGUUUGAUGGUGUUUUUGUCUUUCAUUACACUACAGUAUGCAAACUUUGGCCUUUAAUCUAAAACCUUAUUUUUAUUAUUAUUUUUUUUUUUAUUAUUAUUUUUUUUAUAAAAAACAAAAAACAAAAAAAGAAAGAAACAUUUUUAAAGAAGGAUAUUUAUAAUUAAUGUGAUACAAAUUUACAACAAUAUCAAUGAAAUGAAUCCUGAAUAUGUUCUUCCCCUUUAAUUUAGCUUUUAUGGAGCUUUUUAUUUAAACCAAAGUUCCUCCACUGUAUGUUUGCCCCUAAGUAGCACACCCCACUCUUAAUUGCGUCUUUCCUUGUGCUUAUAUCCUAAAGUGUGGUCAAGUGCCUCUGGCGCUCAAAAGCCAAAUGUGGAUUAGCCAUUUUUGUGUUGGCCAAUAACGUCACGGAACAUCCUCAAAAGUGUGGUGUUCCACUGAGUCGUCAAAGGAAUAUUUCACCCAAAAAAAAUUAAUUCUGCAAUGAUUUUAAUUUAAAUGUUUAGGGUGAACUAUGCCUUUAAAUCACUUGAAGCUCUAAUAAAAGAAACAUACAAAUCCUGCCUUAUAAAUGAAUGUUUUGGUGAAACAAGGUGUUCUUUUGUUUAUUUUAUCCAGUGUUCCACUUAAAGGUAUAGUUCACCUAUAAAUGAAAGUUUUGUCAUCAUUUACUCAGCCUCAUAUUGUUCCAAACUGUUAUGAGUUUCUUCUGUGGAACAAAUAAAAGAGAUAUUUUGUGUACAAUGGAAAAGAGCAGAGUUAUCCUUUUGUUUUCCACCAAAGGAUGAAAGUCAUAAGGUCUGGAAUGACAUAACGGUGAGUAAAUGAUUACAAAACUUUAAUUUUUGGGGUAAACUAUCCCUUUAAGUCAGCUGUUUGCUGUAGCAUUUUGAUUCAGCUUUUUUCAUUUUAAAGAGGAGAGCUCAACAACAGUUGUGAAAGUACUUUGGUUCUGUUGUUCAAUGUUUGUGAUGUUUUCAUUUGUCCUGGAUUUCAUCUGAGAAUGCUAUUAUUUUGUUUUCUUUUUGGGAUACAUGAGUACUGUUGAGGACGCAUAUGUGCAUGAGAGAUGCCAUUCACGGUGGUUGUUCUGUUUUAUAGAAUGUCUUGCUGCUGUUCGGUCGACUUGUUCUAUGUUUGUGCAGAAAAAGUUAUAAUUAAUAAAUGAUACAUAAACAAAAAUAUUUACUAUGUCUAAAGGGGAUAGACUUUAUCUUGUACUUAUUGUUCUUGGUUUGCUUUUAAUUUGCUUAAAGGAAUAUUAAAGGCAGAAAUGUGAAACUUAUAA